AUGCAGUUCACAAUCGCCUCCAUCUCUCUCCUCCUGGCCGGCGUGGCCUCGGCCAGCUCUUCUUCCGCCACUUUCACUCCUAAGACCUCCAUAUCCUCAAUGCCCUCCGUCACUAUCCCUCCCACUGCCUCCGUGAAGAGCGCUAUUUCCGCCAUUCCCUCUGCCUCCCGCUCCUCAAUCAUGGCCGCUGAAUCCUCCGCCGCCGCCGAGAUUAUCCACUCCGACGAGUACGACUGUGCUUACCAGAACUACGGCUGCAACUGGAUGGCUUCCGAUUACACCUACGGCAGUGACUACUGCGGCGCCUCUCCCUUCGAGGCUGGUCAAAACUUGAGCGAUGGCCACGUUGUCCUGGCUGUUUCAAAGGAUGGCUCUGGGGAUUGCGCCUCUAAGGCUGGUAAGCAAUGCUGCAACGUCCUUGCCGAGUCUCCCUGCAAACGUGGUGAGAAGUACCUUGACUGCACCAUGGCUUAA